UGGGGGUUCUUAGAAGUGGUGAUGCAAGAAGUUUCUAGGAAAGCAAUACCAGAGCUUGACAAGAUGGCUUGCUCAGCAGACAGCUGUAUCCAAUUCACGCGUCACGCCAGCGACGUACUGCUGAACCUCAACCGGUUGCGUAGCAGGGACAUCCUCACAGAUGUCACCAUCCUGGUCAACAGACAGCAGUUCCGUGCCCACAAGACUGUCCUCAUGGCCUGCAGUGGGCUGUUCUACACUAUAUUUACGGACUCCCUGAAGUGUAACCUGAAUGCCAUCAGUCUGGACCCCAAGGUGGAUCCCGAGGGGUUUGCCGUCCUGCUGGAGUUCAUGUACACCUCUAGACUGACGCUGAAGGAGACUCUGAUCAUGGCUAUCUUGAACACAGCCAUCUACCUACAGAUGGAUCACGUUGUAGACACCUGCCACAGAUUCAUCAAAUCCAGUGACCCUGGCCAGGCCAACAAGCUGCCUAGAGAUGAGUUCUUGGUCAGCCCUUUGCUUUUACCUCCGGGCGUCCAUGCAUACCGGCCCCACGAUGUGGUCGACAACCUGCCCGGCCGGGUCGGCCCCUACAGAGAUGGGAGACCCUACGGCUCCAGCAUGUUCAAUGGGGUCAAUUCUCCCAGCAACUACCACCUCUACGGUCAGUUCCCCAUCCAGGGGCUGCCUUUUCCUCUCUGCAAGCUGACAGACGGCAAAAACAACUUCGCUGACUUCUCUAAAGGCGGGAUCCACCACAAGCACUGUUCACCCCCGGACACGAGCAGCGCCAUGAGGGUUGAUUACAGCCGGGCGGUGAGCGGGGGCUCGGCCAACAUCCACCAUACAGCCAGCUUCGUCUCCUCCAGGGAGGAGGAGAUGAGGAAGGAGAGCCAUGACGGAGGGGUCAGCCAGGCUGGUGGGGUGGGAGGCUCCAGGAAGAGAGCGUUUGCCACGGCGGGUCACAAGCAGCAGAUGGUGGUUCUGGGUAAGGAGCACGGUCCUCAGACGACAGAAGAAGACACGAGCCAGCAGCACUACCCUCUGGGGAUCUCCUCAGCCGGACGGAAGGGCCUGAUGAGUAGCCCUCAGAGCCCGCUCAAAUCUGACUGCCAGCCUAACUCCCCCACCGAGUCCAGCAGCAGUAAGAAUGCAGGUCUCUCCCAGGCCGGCCGGUGUGGUGCCCAGCCCCUACAGGGCAGCCAGGAUCCCAAGGCACGCAACUGGAAGAAGUACAAGUUCAUAGUUCUGAACCAGAGCGCCACCAAGGAGGAGGAUACUGGGCUGCAGGAGACGGAGGUCCGCUCCCCUCAGCGCCUGGGGCUGCCCCCUUACCCCCAGCCCUCAGACUCCGAGCACCUGGACCCGCAGGCCAACGCCAACAUCAGCGAGCAUGGAGAGGACCUGCUUGUUCCACAGGCCUCCCGACUCAACAGCAUCAUCAAUAGCCACUUAAAGUGCACCUCCUGCGGUGCCCCGCCCCCGCAGCACUCUGAAGUGUGUCCUAACACCGCGGCUUCCUGUUUAGCGGAGGAGAUGAUGUCAGAGUUACACUCUGAGUACUCCGACUCCAGCUGUGAAAAUGGCACUUUCUUUUGUAACGAAUGCGACUCCAAGUUUGCUGACGACGAAGCCCUGAAACGCCACAUGCUGCAGGCCCACAGUGAUAAGCCAUACAAGUGUGACCGCUGUCAGGCUGCUUUCCGCUAUAAAGGAAACCUCGCCAGCCACAAGACAGUCCACACCGGAGAGAAGCCGUAUCGCUGCAACAUCUGUGGCGCUCAGUUCAACCGACCAGCUAACCUCAAGACCCAUACUCGUAUCCACUCAGGAGAAAAGCCAUACAGAUGUGAGACGUGUGGAGCUCGAUUCGUGCAGGUUGCCCAUCUCCGUGCCCACGUGUUGAUCCACACCGGGGAGAAGCCGUACCCGUGCGAGAUCUGCGGAACGCGCUUCCGUCACCUGCAGACGCUGAAGAGUCACCUGCGCAUUCACACAGGAGAAAAGCCCUAUCAUUGUGAGAAAUGCAACUUGCACUUUCGCCACAAGAGUCAGCUUCGGUUGCACCUCAGACAGAAACACGGAGCGAUUACCAACACCAAGAUCCAGUACCGUAUGUCCACUACAGAGCUGCCAACAGACCCGACCAAGGCGUGCUGAACUGGCGUGGGGGCAAGGGGGGUGGGGGGGGGGGGGGAGCGACGCCAAUCUUUACCAUGGCAUUGAAACACCCCAACGUAUACAAUCAUCCCAACAUUGUAGUGCCACAUUGUGUUGAGUUAGAGGGUGAUUCAUUAAUACGGCCAGAGUACGCCGUUCUAAACGGGUUUCCUCUAAACGUGGACGUAGAACCUCUUAGUCCAUUUUGUUUUUCUUUAUAUUAGUAUGUUUCUUUUAAAUUUAGUUAAAAAUGUUUAAGCUUUAAGAGGAAUAUAAAAAGCUUUAUUUUGUUAGAGGAAAAAGCUUGGACGGGAUGUAAACAUAAAUCCUGUUGAAGGAAUACGGUAUUUUAUAUCAAAUAACUUUUCUGAAAGUAUUGACAUUUUGAUUUGAAGAGGGGGGGGGGGGGUUAACAGUAUAUUUUAAAGAUAAAUUGUAUUUAUCCUGGCUGUAUAAGAUAUUGAAUUGUUUAUAGAUUUUUAUAUAUUGAAGUACAUGUUAUACCAUGUAGACCUGCCCCCUUUUCAUGUGAAAGGAAAGAGAAAAAACAUUGUUGGUUUUUUAAAACUCUUGAUAAUGACUACUGCUCUCGUAGGAAGACAAAAUGAUGAGGCGUACGUACGUUACUACCGUUGCCAAUAGUUACCAAUCAAUGAAGCGGGCAACUGCAGUCAUAAAUAUUGUGACCUACUGUGUAAUUAACUAAUUAUAUCCACUGGGUUGCUCUCUGCUGGCAGAACCAAUCUAGAAUUUAAAAUGUAAAAAAAAAUAUGCAUUUCCAGGUACUGCUUUGGGUAUGAACCAAGAAGAUAUUUUUGCUUCAAAAUGUAUUUGUAUGGAUGUGUUAUAGUUUUUUGUUUAAGUGAACGUUCCCAGUUGUCAUUGUACUAGAAGCUACAGUAAAAGGGUAUCAGAUGUUUGUACAUACACUGUGUACUGAAGGUGCCUUCUCUAUGGUGACUGAAUUCCUUUCCAUUCAGCCCACCUCUGUUUAUAUAAAAAGGUACAACUCAAGGACAGCACUAGUAGUCCUAGUUUUUAUUUUGGGUGUGCGUGUGUCAUUUAAAAAAUAAAAAAAGGCUUUUCACCAACCUUACAACAUGCAAAUUACUCAUUACUCAAGCCGUAAAUCUUCAGGACUUUUUUUUUUUUUUUGGUUUAAAAAGAAGAAAAAAAACUACAUUCAACUUAUUGAACAAUUAUAGAUGUAUGAAUGUAAAAUAAAGGUUUUGGAUUUGUAUGUAUUAA